GUGUGUGUAUGUGUGUGUGUGUUCAACGACACGAUGCGGACAACGGCAGCCGGGGUGGCCUUGCUGGCAGCCCUGUUGCUGGUCGGAUUGGCGAUGACCGGCGCCGAUGAGGCAGCAGCCGUGCCUGAGGUGCCACAGGAGGCCGAGGGCCUCAAGCAUGCUGAAGGCGUGGAGGCCGACCACCCCGCCGCGGCGCAAGAGCCAAUGGACCACGGCGCGGCACAUCGCCCCAAUCACCAUGAAGAAGCUCAGCGACUGUACGAAGCGCGAGAACGUGCGCGCAUGGCGCGCAUGUCCCCAGAGGAGCGCGAGCGCUACGAAGAAUUCAAACGCAAGCGCGAUGCCUAUGAAAAGGAACACAAGGGCCACGAAGCCAUGCAUUUCGAAAUGUUCCUGGUCCUCGUCGGCACGUUGGUGCUUGCACAGAUUCUACUGACCAUGUGGAAAAAACGUCACUUUGCCAGCUACCAGGCCGUGACCCUGCUGGGCCUGUGGAUCUUCCCCAUUUAUUUUGCAAUCCUACACGAGGUGUGGCGCUUGAUCCUAACCUGGGCGCUGUAUACGCUCAUCACGGGCUACGUUUCCUUCCUCGCCAGCCAGCGGCAACUCAGUGUGAAGACCCCUCGUAAGGUCUAUUGGUACUUUGUGGUCGUCAUCAAGCUGACUGGCUUCAUCGGCAUCACGGGCUAUGUCAUUGCGGUCUUUGACUUUUUCAUCGGCCCGUACCUGCCCCAGCCUGCUAACAUGACGCUCAUGUCCCUGGGGCUCAAUCUGCUGUUUUACGGCCUGUAUUACGGCGUCAUGACGCGCGACUUUGCCGACAUUACCUCACGCUGGAUGGCGACUUCAAUCGGCUACUAUUCGCCCUCCGGCAUGACAACUCGUCAGCUCAAGCCCGACGUCUGUGCUGUCUGUGGCGAUAGUCUGAGGGAGCUCGAGGAUGUGGGCGAGAAGCGGGCAACGCUCCCAUGUGGUCACGUCAUGCAUGACUUUUGUAUCCGUGGCUGGUGCAUCAUUGGCAAGAAGCAGACUUGUCCCUACUGCAAGGAAAAGGUUCGGACUGUGCUUUGCCACGAUGGCUCAACUUGUGCCGGCCCACCGUUUUACUCGCUUCUCACGCGGCUUGGCCAUGGCUCGUUGGAUUUGAUCCUGGGCCACCGAUGCCCACCGACUCAGGUUGACCUGCGCGAGCAAUUUCCCUCUCCUUGGUCGCGAACGGAUGUGAUGUACGGCCAGCUUCUAGACAUUUGCCGCUACUUUGUCGUCUGGUACCCUGUCAUCAUCCAGCUGGUGCAAGGCGAGUUUUAUGUCCUUGGUCUGCACUAA